AUGAUGAACCACGUUCCAUGUCUUGUGAUCCGAGGGAUCUGCGACUACGCCGACUCUCACAAGAAUAAUCGAUGGCAACGCUACGCCUCGGCCACCGCCGCUGCUUACGCCAAGGAGCUUCUGGAGUACGUGCCGGCUGCGGAGGUCCAGGAGACCAAGAGGGCAAUAGAAGUGCUUCUGUUAGUUCAACAACAGAUCGAUUGCGUGCAGCAGACGACGGUUGCAACGAAAGCGGCAACUGAUUCCAUCAGGCCUGACCAUCAUACCGAUAAUAUCAAGCGCUGGCUUUGUCCCCAGGAUCCGUCUACAAACGCCAACCACGCGAGGACGCUCCGCCAUGAGGGGACAAUGUCUAGUCCGGAAUUGGGUCAUGUCCAGCUGCUUUAUACCAGUCGACCGGAAACUGGGUUCCUGCGCGACAUUCACCCUUUGAUAGCAAAGCAAAUCUGCCUAUCACUUAACACGCAGGAUGUCAACUCCGAUAUACGAUCGUGGGUCACAGCACAACUUUCUCAACGGCAGGAUUUUAAAGAGAAACCCUUGUCCCAGGAUCUCCUCCAGGGGAUCCGGAGAAAGGUUGUCGACGGGGCCGACGGGAUAUGA